CAACAAUUCAGCAGGGAUGGCAGCCAGCCCAGAGAUGAUGGGUCUUGGGGAUGUCAAGUUAACUCCAGCCACCAAAAUGAACAACAAAGCAGAUGGGACACCCAAGACGGAAUCUAAAUCCAAGAAAUCCAGUUAUUCUACUACAGCCAAUGAGAAGAUCAUCAAGUUGUAUGAGCUGGGUGGUGAGCCUGAGAGGAAGAUGUGGGUGGACCGUUAUCUGGCCUUCACGGAGGAGAAGGCCAUGGGCAUGACAAAUCUGCCUGCUGUGGGUAGGAAACCUCUGGACCUGUACCGCCUCUAUGUGUCUGUGAAGGAAAUUGGUGGAUUGACUCAGGUCAACAAGAACAAAAAAUGGCGGGAACUUGCGACCAACCUCAAUGUCGGCACCUCAAGCAGUGCUGCCAGCUCCUUGAAAAAGCAGUACAUCCAAUGUCUCUAUGCCUUUGAGUGCAAGAUCGAACGGGGAGAAGACCCUCCCCCAGACAUCUUUGCAGCUGCUGAUUCCAAGAAGUCCCAGCCCAAGAUCCAGCCUCUCUCAGGGUCAAUGCAGGGGCCACAGACACCUCAGUCAACCAGCAGUUCCAUGGCAGAAGGGGGAGACCUGAAGCCACCAACUCCAGCAUCCACACCACACAGCCAGAUCCCCCCCUUGCCAGGCAUGAGGAGCAAUUCGGUCGGGAUCCAGGAUGCCUUUCCUGAUGGAAGUGACCCCACAUUCCAAAAGCGGAAUUCCAUGACUCCAAACCCGGGGUACCAGCCCAGUAUGAAUACCUCUGACAUGAUGGGGCGCAUGUCCUACGAGCCAAAUAAAGAUCCUUAUGGCAGCAUGAGGAAAGCUCCAGGGAGUGAUCCCUUCAUGUCCUCAGGUCAGGGCCCUAACGGCGGGAUGGGGGACCCCUACAGUCGAGCUGCCGGCCCUGGGCUGGGAAAUGUGGCAAUGGGACCGCGACAGCACUAUCCCUAUGGAGGUCCUUAUGACAGAGUGAGGACGGAGUCCGGAAUAGGACCCGAGGGAAACAUGGGUAUUGCAGCCCCACAGCCGAAUCUCAUGCCUUCCAACCCAGACUCGGGGAUGUAUUCUCCUAGCCGUUACCCCGCGCAGCCGCAGCAGCAACGACAUGAUUCCUAUGGCGAUCAGUUCUCCGCUCAAGGCACCCCUUCCAGCAGCCCCUUCCCCAGCCAGCAGACCACAAUGUAUCAGCAGCAGCAGCAGAAUUACAAGCGGCCGAUGGAUGGCACAUACGGCCCUCCUGCCAAGCGGCACGAAGGGGAGAUGUACAGUGUGCCAUACAGCACGGGGCAGGGGCGGCCCCAGCAGCAGCAGUUGCCCCCAGCCCAGCCCCAGCCUGCCAGCCAGCAACAAGCUGCUCAGCCUUCCCCUCAGCAAGAUGUGUACAACCAGUAUGGCAAUGCCUAUCCUGCCACUGCCGCCGCUGCUACUGCGCGCCGACCAGCAGGCGGCCCCCAGAACCAGUUUCCAUUCCAGUUUGGCCGAGACCGUGUCUCAGCACCCCCUGGCUCCAGUGCCCAACAGAACAUGCCACCGCAGAUGAUGGGCGGCCCCAUACAGGCAUCGGCUGAGGUUGCUCAGCAAGGCACCAUGUGGCAGGGGCGUCAUGACAUGACCUACAAUUACGCCAACAGGCAGAGCACGGGCUCUGCCCCGCAAGGCGCUGCCUAUCAGGGCGUGAACCGAACAGAGGAAAUGCUGCACACGGAUCAGAGAGCCAACCAUGAAGGCCCAUGGCCUUCCCAUGGCACACGCCAGCCCCCAUAUGGUCCUUCUGCCCCCGUGCCCCCCAGGACAAGGCCCCCUCCAUCCAACUACCAGCCCCCACCAAGCAUGCAGAAUCACAUUCCUCAGGUAUCCAGCCCCGCUCCCCUGCCCCGGCCAAUGGAGAACCGCACCUCUCCUAGCAAGUCUCCAUUCCUGCACUCUGGGAUGAAGAUGCAGAAGGCAGGUCCCCCAGUACCUGCCUCACACAAAGCACCUGCCCCUGCGCAGCCCCCUAUGAUUCGGCGGGACAUCACCUUCCCACCUGGCUCUGUUGAAGCCACACAGCCUGUGUUGAAGCAGAGGAGGCGGCUCAUGAUGAAAGACAUCGGAACCCCAGAGGCAUGGCGGGUAAUGAUGUCCCUCAAGUCUGGGCUGCUGGCAGAGAGCACGUGGGCAUUAGACACCAUUAACAUCCUGCUGUAUGAUGACAACAGCAUCAUGACUUUCAACCUCAGUCAGCUCCCAGGGUUGCUAGAGCUCCUUGUGGAAUAUUUCCGACGUUGCCUGAUUGAGAUCUUUGGCAUUUUAAAGGAGUAUGAGGUGGGUGACCCAGGACAGAGAACACUACUGGACCCUGGGAGAUUCAGCAAAGCGUCUAGUCCAGCUCCUGUGGAGGGGGAGGAGGAGGAAGACCUUCUAGGUCCUAAACUAGAGGAGGAAGAAGAGGAGGAGGUAAUUGAAAAUGAUGAGGAGAUGGCCUUUGCGGGCAAGGACAAAGCCGCCUCAGAGAAUAGUGAGGAGAAACUGAUUAGUAAGUUUGACAGGCUUCCAGUAAAGAUCGUGCAAAAGAAUGACCCGUUUGUGGUGGACUGCUCAGAUAAGCUUGGGCGCGUGCAGGAGUUUGACAGUGGCUUGCUGCACUGGCGGAUUGGUGGGGGGGACACCACUGAGCAUAUCCAGACCCACUUUGAGAGCAAAACAGAGCUGCUGCCUUCCCGGCCUCAUGUACCCUGCCCACCAGUCACUCGGAAGUAUGUCACAGCAGUAGUGGGUACACCAGGGACAACAGAGCAGGAGGGCCCCCCGACCGAUGGCCCUCCAGAAAAACGGAUCACAGCCACUAUGGAUGACAUGUUGUCCACCCGGUCUAGCACGUUGACCAAGGAGGGAGCUAAGAGUGUAGAGGCCACCAAGGAAAGCAGCAAGUUCCCAUGUGGCAUCAGCCCAGCACAGAGCCAUCGGAACAUCAAGAUCCUAGAGGAAGAACCCCACAGUAAAGAUGAGACCCCACUGUGUACCCUUCUGGACUGGCAGGAUUCCCUUGCCAAACUCUGCGUCUGUGUCUCCAAUACCAUCCGAAGUCUGUCAUUUGUGCCAGGCAACGACUUCGAGAUGUCCAAACACCCGGGGCUGCUGCUGAUCCUGGGCAAGCUCAUCCUUCUGCACCAUAAGCACCCAGAACGGAAGCAGGCGCCACUGACUUCUGAGAAGGAGGAGGAGCAGGACCAAGGGGUGAGCUGCAACAAAGCGGAGUGGUGGUGAGACUGCUUGGAGAUGCUUCGGGAAAACACCUUGGUCACGCUCGCCAACAUUUUGGGGCAGUUGGACCUCUCCCCAUACCCCGAGAGCAUUUGCCUGCCUGUCCUGGAUGGACUCCUACACUGGGCAGUCUGCCCUUCAGCUGAAGCCCAGGACCCCUUCUCCACCCUGGGCCCCAACGCCAUCCUCUCCCCCCAGAGACUGGUCUUGGAAACCCUCAGCAAACUCAGCAUCCAGGACAACAAUGUGGACCUGAUCCUGGCCACACCCCGCUUCAGCCGCCUGGAGAAGUUGUACAGCACCAUGGUGCGCUUCCUCAGUGACCGAAAGAACCCGGUGUGCCGGGAGAUGGCUGUAGUACUGCUAGCCAACCUGGCACAGGGUGACAGCCUGGCAGCCCGUGCCAUUGCGGUGCAGAAAGGCAGCAUCGGCAACCUCCCGGGCUUCCUGGAGGAUAGCCUUGCUGCCACACGGUUCCAGCAGAGCCAGGCCAGCCUGCUCCACAUGCAUCACCCGCCCUUCGAGCCAACUAGUGUGGACAUGAUGCGACGGGCUGCGCGUGCGCUGCUGGCCCUGGCCACGGUGGACGAGAGCCACUCGGAGUUCACGCUGUACGAGUCACGGCUGUUGGACAUCUCGGUAUCGCCGUCGAUGAACUCAUUGGUUUCACAAGUCAUUUGCGAUGUACUGUUUUUGAUUGGCCAGUCAUGA